UCCAAGCAAUGUUGUGAAAAUGCAGAAUCUGGGGACAAGGGGGACGACUUGCCUCCCCUUUCGGACUUUUCUCUGCAUCUUUAUGGUGUGUUCCUGCAUGAGUCAAAAGUCCAAAUUUCUGAGUUCCCAAUCUGAGUUUGAAUCUGGAAGGCCUCUUCUAUUUGGAUUUUAUACUCGCAUCUUCAUCACUGAAGCGCGAACACAGAUGGAGCCUGUUGAAGUGGUAAUGUGGAUUGACGUCUGUGUCUGCCUUCCUUUGACCAUACUGAUCAUCUAUUGUAUGUGCUGUGCGAGACGAAGGGAUCCAGGCCCUGCCCCCUAUUAUAUAUACCUCCUGGUUUCCAAUCUAAUCCAGCUCUGUGCUCCAAUUCUUUGGCUGGCUAAACUAGAAGACCAUCAUCAGCCCACCGGUGUCUGUGGAGUGUUUUUCUUCUUCGGUGUUACAACUAGUCUCAACUUCAAAACCUGCAUUGUUCUGGAAAGGUAUUUUUUCAUCACCUGUCCAAUGCUGAACUUCAUAAGAAAAACUAAAGGUUCUAUUUUGGUCUCUGUUCUGCUGGGACCCUCAAAGCUCUGCCUGCUGCCACCUCAGUUCCUGCUGAGGAAAAACGAAGAAUUAUAG